UACCUCACCGCAACCAGGUGAGGUCUCUGUCAGUUCCCAUCUCGUGGCCGGAGUCGACUGACUCCUCCAGUGAUUUUCGGUGCCGCGAACCCUCCGCGACUACGCGCAGUGCGAUUGGAUUCUACCUCACCCCCCGUCCAAACAAUCAAGCAGAAACAUGACGUUAGUACAACCAACACCCGAGAUGCAAACUCGGAUACGAGUGGAGCUCAAUGAGGAUGUCUCUACAAGGCAGAAAGAUUUGGAACACAUCAAAGAAUGGCUAGACAGGCAACCUCACCUACCCUCUUCCCAUGAUUAUGAUGACGGCAGGAUCAUGACAUUCUUACGGGGCUGCAAAUUCUCAUUAGAAAAGACAAAGAGGAAGCUUGACAUGUAUUUCACAAUGCGAACAGCUGUCCCUGAAUUUUUCGGCAACAGAGAUCCAGAGAAAGACGAAAUUAAAGAAGUCAUGAAAAUAACGAACAUCCCCCCGCUGCCGGGUCUAACCCCGAACGGACGGCGAGUGAUCGUGAUGCGCGGCGCAGACCUGGACGGAAACAACCUGCCCAACGUCUCGGACUGCAUGAAAGUGGUGCUCAUGAUCGGCGACAUCCGACUCAAGGAGGAAAUCGUAGGAGUCGCCGGUGACGUCUACGUCCUCGACGCCGCCGUCGCUACCCCUCAACACUUCGCCUCCCACUUCUCCAAGUUCACCCCCACACUCAUCAAGAAGUUCCUUAUCUGUGUCCAGGAGGCCUACCCUGUAAAAUUAAAAGAAGUUCAUGUCAUAAAUGUCUCACCUCUUGUUGACACCAUCAUCAGCUUUGUCCGACCAUUCCUUAAGGAGAAAAUUCGUAACAGAAUUCAUGUCCAUGCAGAUCUAGACUCCCUGUACAAAUUCGUGCCGAAGGACGUCCUUCCGGAGGAAUAUGGCGGCUACGCGGGGCCCAUCGCCGACAUCAACAAGCAAUGGUACCAGAAGCUGAUGGAUUACCGCGACUGGUUCCUGCAACAGGAAACGGUGAAAGCAGACGAAGCUCGACGCCCUGGCAAGCCCAAGACCCACGACGACCUCUUCGGGCUGGAAGGCUCCUUCAAACAGCUCACUAUCGAUUAACACGCCCAAAUUCCAUCAACCAAAGCUCGCCACCCUCCACCAACUCAGGCAAAACAAAAAGGAACUACACGAUAUCAUCGGCCUCCUCUCGUCUAUACCUCUUUUCACACGGUCCAGCAUAUUCAGAAAAAAUGCAGGUGUCGACUGAUAACAACAUACAGGACAUUUUAUGACGUCACUAUAACGACACCGUGAAAUAUCCUGCUGUGAGGUCGACUUCAGAUCCAUUGAAACCGUGUCAACUAAUGAAAAAAGCAUAAAAAGAUCCGCUAUUGCCAGCGUUCAUGAAUUUCGGCGUGUAUUACAGUUUACACUGAUGAUACCUUAAUUACGAAUGAGAGGUUUUACCUAUUAUAAACGCUGAUAAUUUGCUCAUGAUAAUGCAAGGAACUCUGAAGAACGUCUUUACAUUAUAAGCUUAGAUAAGUGAUAUUAUUCUGUGUAAGUUCUCAACAUUUUUAAUUUUUUCCCCUAUAUUUACUUACAAAAAUAGGGAUUUUUACAAGCAAUAAAAAAUUACCUAAGAAUAGGUAAAUCCCGUACAAAUUUAAUUGCCAAAGAUGAAUUUUUUCCCCUUAAAUCAAAAGAUCAUUUUAGGCUGUAAGUAGUAUACUCGAUUGAUUCCGACUUACUUGCUGUGCGAAAUUAUUUUUUCAAGUAUCAGAGUGAACAAUUCAAAGAUUCUAUCAAUCCAAAUACGCACAAAUAAAGAGAAAAUAUUACCGGUUUUGUUGAAAUUGAGUUCGACAGAUGGUGACAAGAUCCAAGACCUGUCAGCUCAUGGAAGUGCAUCCGGCAUCUGAGUGAAUUGUUGAACCAUUGGAGCAGUCUUGCUUAUUUUUAAAAGUUCCAAUCUAUAUAUUAAUUGUUCUCGAUAUUUUUUUAAUUAUUUUACCUUUUUUAUAAGAAAUAUAUACUUCACCGAUGCUUAAGCUUUUGUUUGCUUUUUUCAGUCGCAAUCAGAUUAAAUCUGUCUGUGAUGGAGACAGUCCAAAAAAGAGCCUUAUCACUGUAAGGCUCUUAAAAUUUUUCAGCGCACCAAACGAAAAAUCAAUUUUGAUUAAAUUAUGCCGAUACUUUCUUCUCAAUGUUCCAUGGACAACACUUUCAAGGACAUGUAGAGAAAAUUUUAUGUUGCAAUUUGUUUGGUAUAAAAUGUCAUAGGCAUUGCCAAUAAAAUGUGUCUUAAGGUGACGAUGCGCCCGAAAACGUCAA